CUUGCGCGCGUGCGCGUUGGGCGGGGAGACAAGAUGGCGUCGCGCUGUUGCCGAGGCGGGUACGGAGAGGGGAGGCGGCUCGUCGUCUUCGUCGUCGUGGUGGCCGCGGCCGGCGGGGACUUGUAGCUGGCAGAGCCGCGGGCGAGCGUGACGACUACGAGUAGCAGCCGCAGCAGCCGUUAUCCGGGGUGAGUAGGCCGGAGGCGGCGUCGGAGGUCGCCCCUCAGGUAGGGGGCGAGUGUCGGUGGGGCGACGCGCCUCUCUCCUCGCCGCUGAGGGGUGUGUGUGUGCGCGCGCCCGCCCUUCUGCGCAGGCGCGCCUUGGCGGGCGGGGUUGGGGAAGGGAAAGACCCCCGCAGGUGGGGAUGAGCCCAGGCUGGCUUCGCGGCGCCCCUCGGGCGAACCUCCGUCCCUGACGGGGACUCGGGGGCUUCGCUUCUCCGUCCCCCUGGGAGGGAGGGAGGGCUCGGUGGUCGCGAGAGCCCCCCUGGUCUGGAAGGUCCCGAGUUCGAGUUCUGGUCGAAAUCAAGAUCGCUGCCCCCUCCUUCCUCCCCGCCUCUGGGGUCUGAACGCCGGUGGCCCCAGCUCCACCCUCGCGGCCCGGUUUGUCAUCCUCAGGUGGCCCUCACUGACGCUCAGUGUCUCUAACUAACUAUAUAGGUAUAGAUUUAGAUACUAUAUGUAUAUGUACACACACACACACACAUACAUACAUAUAUAUAUAUAUAUAUAUACACACACACACACAAACACAGUACAGUGAAGAACUGUGUAUAUAUAUAAAUAUAAUAUGUGUGUGGGGGGGUACUCUCAUUUUGACUCAAGGAAAUCACCAUUUUCUAGUUCAGAUUGCCAAAAAUAAAUACAGUAAAUUGACAAAAGUACAAAGAUUCACACAAUGUUUAGGGUUAUGCGUACCUCUGCAGCCUCCCAGAAAAAAGCACUGUGUGUGUCUGUGUAUAUGUGUAUAUAUAUAUAUAUAUUGUGUGUGUGUUUAUGUCUUGCCUUUCUGGCCAUUGUUGCCUCCGGUUGGCUAAAGAGGGAGAGACUGGGUUCUCUCCUGGCAACAGUGGUCGCAGAAUUUGGUUGGUUUGUCUAUUAUUGUACUUGUACUCUUCAUCUGUAGGUCUCAGGGCGGUUCACAGCAUAGAAAUACAGGAGGAGGACACAAAAGGCAUAAUAGAAAGAAAAACAUAACAAACCAACAAUCCCCACACCCAUACAAUAGGAAUAGGAAAGAGGCCAGUUAAGGAGUGUGUGGGGAGGGUGGGGUGAAAAGUUGAUCACUGGAGGGAUCAGUUAUUCAAGGCCAAAGCAAAGUGGGGCGUUGUAUGCAUUUGUGUUCCGUUCCGUCCAGGCUGGCAUUCCUUCUUGAAUAGCAAUAGGUGACUCAUGUUCCUUUGGCUGACGGAUGGGAAUUGUAGGAUUCAAUCGACUUCACAGGGCUGUUGUAAGGAAUGAAAUGCUCCUGAUUAGUCAGAGGCCUUCAUGUUGCACUAUCCUGCUGUGAUUAGAGCAGUCCUUAAGGUAAGCAGGACCUACCAGCUCUUUGUUGUAUGAGUUGGAACAACUUGUGUGACAGUUGCUUCCCUAAGUGCCCUUGUGUGUUUGUGGCAGAGGGAUAGAAGCUAACUGGUGAUUUCCUGAUUUGUAGCUCAGACUCAUCUUGGUGACUAGCAUAUUCCAGUUCUGGAAAAGAUAGUGUGUUUUGAGUGCUUUGAACAGUGUAAGCUCUGUUUAAAUGUGAGUCGUUGGCUGUUGCAAUACAAAUAGCAACAGAAGUUCCCUGUUCUGAAAUCUCACCCUUGUUGGUUCUUGAUAAGUAGUUUAAAGGAAACAACUCACUGGCCUCUGACUUUCAUUUUGAGGGAGAUAAUGAGGGUGUACUUUGUAAGGAUAUUGUAGAGAUUACUGUUCUCAGAGCAGACCGUAGAACAGGUGAUUAAGGCUGCUCAACAGAGGAGAUGUUUAUUUUAUGGAGAUAUAUUUGUCAUAUAUAUCCUGCCUUCUUCAAAAUAGCUUAGAGCCUUAGACUAGUGUUUUAGCCCAACUACAUUUCCUUGAGGUAGAGAGUUCAAGUCUCACUCCUUCUCUUUGCUGAGCUUAAUGGCUGAAUUGACUUGACUGUGUGGAACACAGCACUGUCACUGUUUAAUGCAGAGUAUCAGUAUUUCAAAAUGUACAUUUCUUUUGAAGUGAGGAACUGCAUCAUUUGACAGGUAAUAAAUUUUUGGCUGGUUUGUUCAAAGCAAAUAUGUGUGUUUAGUUAGCAGUAUAUGCUUCUGGCUGCUUGAAAGGGUAGAGGGAUAUCACUACUUAACUUGAUUGGUGUUGGACUUACAGAGCUUGUGUGUCUUGAGAAAAAAAAAUCUCAUUUUUGACUGGUAAGAUCCCAAAGUAUAUAAGCAUUCUGUCAUUUUAAUGUGGAGUCCUCUUCUCAAACAUCCCAUGUGGAGUAGCUUCCCAUGUGAAAAAUCUCUUGGGUCACAUUAUUUAUUGGAAACCUUUAUGAAAGGUUUGAAGAAUAGGAGACUUUGUUUUGUAUGUGAUGUUCCCCAACUUUGAUCCUCCAAUGAUCCCCUUAUAUCUUGAGUAGAGCCUAGCAGCACAGUUUUAUUACGUGCGUGGGAAUAAGCCCAGUUUAACAUGAGGUCUCCAUGUAAAACAUGCAUGGGAUUGUGCUGUAACUAAUACUACUAUUUUCCACUCGCUUCAGAAUUGGGAACAUAGGUCACCACCUUUCUCAAUACACUGUUGCAGGCUUUCAUCCCAAAAGCCUUCCGUCUUGUCUUUGGAAUAGAAUAAUGCUUUCACUGUUCUCUGUAGUAGUUUUGACAGUUGUGUUUACUAGGUAUUCUGACUGGGAAGGGCAGCACAGAAAGGCCUUUUUCUGGCCUGGGGUGGAUUCCAGCCAACUCAAAACACACACAUACUGUAAGGGACAUGGAUCCCAGCGGAAGUAACUACCCUUUCUAAUCAAUGUCCAUUAUCAGUGAAACAGUGUAGUGGUUAAAGUGUUGGGCUAGAACUGGGGAAACCCAGUUUCAAAUCCUUGUUCUACCCUGAGCUCAUCGAGAGGACCUGGGCAAGUCACACACUCUCAGCCAUACCUACCACACACAGUUGUUGUGAGCAUAACCUUUGGUGGGGGCACGUGUGCUAUCGUGAGCUUCCUCAAAGAAGAGCAAGAUUUAAAAUUAAAAGACAAGAGAAUUCAGGUGAGGAAUGCUGUGCUCUGAUUGGCUAUAAUAGGCUUUGUUCUUUUAUUUCAAUUUUUGAGUUUGCCUGAGGUGGGGAACUCUGUAGGUGAUGACACCGUUAAUUAGUGUGCAGUGCAACUUCCUUUUACUGAGUCACAGUUACUUCAUUUGGCAUGUUGUCUUCUCAUGGGUUCCUUGCCAGUUCUCCAGACAUAACCUUUUAAAAAAUUAGCAGAGGUGAUGAUGAAUGGGACUUUGUUUGGCACAAUUAACAUAUAAUAUUAAAAGGCUAUAUAUCUACAGUAUAUUUAAUUGAUUGUUUAUUGCUCUUAUAUUCCAUCUCUUACCAGAGGACCUCAUGCUGACUUACAUGGUACUUGCUCUCUCCAUUUUAUCCUCCCAACAACUCUGAGGUAGAUUAGGCAAAAAGUGACUUGCUUAAGGUCCCACAGUGAGCUGCAAGGCUGAAUAGUGUUUUCAACCUUGUGCUCUGAAUCCUAGCCCAAUACUGUAAACACUAGAACACACUAGCUUUCCAAACUGUGGUUAUUUGGAGCAUAGUAAAGUCAGUGUUAGAAACUGGAAUAGAAUAGGUAGGAGCUAAAUGGCUUCUGGGACCUGGGUUGUGGGUACCAAAAGCCACAGGAUAUCUAGUCCCCACUGUGGGGGUCUGCAACACUUUUUAUUUAUUAUUUUGAUAAGCAUGAGUUAAUAUGCAAUUCACUUUUGCAUUGACACAAAAGUGUCAUUGGUAACAUACUUCAGUUUUCAAAACACUCUACUCUUUAUUGUUAAACUCCUUAACAUAUUGUCUAUCCUUAACAUAUACUUUGAGGUUUCAAAUCUCAUACAUUUCAGUAAUCCUUGAGUGUCAGCAAGGUUCCAAUAAAUGGCACCCAGACUUUUUGAAGUGUUCACAAAUGGAGAAUCUUUUGGCGCAAAAUGUGCCUGGCUCCCUGCUAAUUUCAAGCCCUGAGUAAAGUUGGAGAAAUGAAUCUUCUCUUAAAACUAAGGUAGCACUUAGACUUGAUGAUAAUGUGUGCAGCAAAAAUUAAUUCAUGGCCUGAAUAACUUUUCACUUUACAUUUAUAGAAGUUAGCCAUGCAGCUGAAGGGGGAUGCAACACACUUGGUGAUUCCAGCUAAGUCACACCUAGAGUAGACACAUCUGUUGAUUUCACUGGGUCUGUUCUGAGUAUGACUGAGUUGAACAUCACCCAAUUUUAUGCAAACAUAAGAUUCUUGCAAACUAAGCAAUGUACACUGCUUGCUAUGCUGUUGGAAUUUGAUCUUCUGUAGAAAGUUAGGGGAAUGCCGAGUAUUUUGGCUUCCAUCCUAAGGCUGGCAUAAUAAAUAGCAAGCAAAAAGUAAUCUGAAUCAUGAGUGUUCUUUAACUUCAGAUGUUAACAUGUGUGCUGUCUUGUGACAGCUUUUAAAAGAAACAUUUCGACUGAGGUUUUCAGAUAGGGAAAAUGCUCUCAGUGUUCUUCUGUGGGAUGAUACUUAUUUUUAAAGAUGUUGAGGAGCUUCAGGAAUUAAAAGGAUUCUGAACAUUUUCAAUCCUAACAUUGUUUACCUGAAAGUAAGGUCUAUUGGUGUUCAGUACAGCUCACUUAAUUCAAAUGUGUUGAGAGUUGGAGAUGUAAAUCUCCGUGAUACCCUGGCAGCUAAGGCCUUUCCAAUUGUCCAUGCGAGCAGUAUUAAGUUGCAUAGACACACAGCAGGACAUUAGAAGCAGAGAUGUAAAAAUGUGUUCUUGUCGAUGUUAAAUCCUUGACCUGGUACAGAAAAAAACACAUUGAUUAAAUGAUUAUUAAAUGGCACAAGUCUCGCUCUGAAGUCAGUCGAACACUGGUAAGUACACAUAAUAGUGUCUGCUAUGUGGCAGUGUGGGCUGCAAAAAGGUUCAUUUUGCACCUCGCAUUAUGUUCUCUAGUAGCAGGCCAGUGGAGUUAUCUUGGAUAGUCUGGAGGUUACUGACUCCCCAUGUAGGGGAGGGACCUCUGACGCCCCAGGAAAACCCACUGGAUCCAACUAGCUACACAUAUUGAGGAUGACUUCGGAGGGGCCUUGACUCUUUGCUUGUUGCAGCUCCGGUUGAAGUACCCAGUGCCACUAUUGAGAACGGUUUCAUUUUCACCUUAGGCCAGGGGUCGGCAAGGCUUACCAGGCAUGGACCGGAUCACUCCCGCGGAGAUCCUCCGUGGGCCGGACCAGUGCAGUGCGACGCCAGAAAUCGGGUCUGCGCAUGUCCGCAGUGCUGGAAAUUGCUUUUGCGCAUGUCCGCAGUGCUGGAAAUUGCUUUUGCACAUGCCCAGACGCCCAAAAUUGCGCCUGCGCAGAAGCAAUUUUUGGCGUCUGGGCAUGCGCAGAAGCGAUUUCUGGAGCCGCGGAAGAGAGUCCCUAUGCCCCGCUGUUUAUUUUUUUUUUAAUAUAAUAUUUAUUGGUUUUACAAAAAUUCCAAAACAUACAAAAAUACAAAAAUUCCAAAGACAAAAAACAACAAUAACAGUGACAAAAGGAAAACAAAAAAUAACAAUAACCAUAAAAAAGAAAAAAAGAAAAGAAAAGAAAAAGAAACAGAAAAAUUUAAAAAUUUAUACUUUCAUUUAACCUUCUUAUCUUUCCUUAGUUCUUUGACUUCCCCGCACCUCCCCACUUGUAUUUCCAUUUAGAAACUCCUUUCAGCAAAUCCUUACCCUCCUUCCUUUAUCUUAACUCAAGAAACUUAAUCUAUUUAUAAAUAGAUAUUUUUACAACCUUAUCAAUCAAAUAUUCCAUGCUCUUAAACGCAAGGCUUUUGCCAAUACCAGUUAUUUUCAAACAGACCUCAAUUUAACAUUCAUUAAUUUUAUAGUAUUUCUGUAGAUAGUCUUUAAAUUUCUUCCAAUCUUCUUCCACCGACUCUUCUCCCUGGUCACGGAUUCUGCCAGUCAUUUCCGCCAAUUCCAUAUAGUCGAUUACCUUCAUCUGCCAUUCUUCCAGAGUGGGUAAGUCUUGUGUCUUCCAAUACUUUGCGAUAAGUAUCCUUGCUGCUGCUGUUGCAUACAUAAAGAAAGUUCUAUCUUUCUUUGGCACCAAUUGGCCAACAAUGCCCAGGAGAAAGGCCUCUGGUUUCUUUAAGAAGGUAUACUUAAAUACCUUUUUCAACUCAUUAUAUAUCCUUUCCCAGAAGGCCUUAAUCUUUGCCUAUGCCCCGCUGUUUAGUGCAGCAUGUGGGGACUCGCGGAGCGGGUGGCUCGGGUCAGAGGCAGCUCGUGGGCCGGCUAAACAGCCUCCGUGGACCGCUUCCUGCAUGACAUAACAGACCCAUAAAUUUUAUUCUUUGUUGAGAAAGAGCAUGUCUUUGCAAUAAUUUUCACCAUCAGAAACUUUUGAUUCCAUCGUGCCCUCACACUGAAAAUUUAGGUUUUCUAAACCUCAUUUUUCCACCAAAAAACUACAUUUAUACAUUUUUAAGGCAUUUAUAAAAUCUUUUGAGUGCUGGUGUAUUUUUUCCUGAAAUCCUCAUCAUGUUAUUGAGCACUGUGUAAAAUUUCAAAGAGAUCUGAUCAUUGGUUAUAGAGAAAAAAUAUAAAAUGCACACAAGGCCGAGGAUCUCAAGAGGAACAGAAACACAGAUUUCAUGAAACUUUGAAGUGCUAUAAAAUUAAAACCACUUGAGAUAGAGGAAAAAAAUUUAAAGGGGUUUCUUUCAACCACAAGGGAAGGGUGUACACCAAGUUUCAUUAAAAUCCGAGACGGUGGGUGGCAAAACCCUUGUUUUUUGCAUUGAUUUGAUGUGGAAUGACCCCAGAUGUUUAACUGAUAAUUGAUCACAGUCAGUCCUAGUGAUGUUAAAUUCUCAAGAAUAAUCUUUUGGAGAAUAUUAAUGAGAAUAUUAGAGAUUUUCAUUUAAAAUAGGAGAAUAUUCAUUUUAAUGCAUUGAAAAUGAUAUAAUUAGUUAAUAUACAUGUUUAUUCAUGGGUAAACUUGUUCAGAGGGCAACCAAAAACUGUACAGAUACUUUUAUUCAAUGGGGCAAUGCCGCGAAGGUUUGAUACAAGUAAAUUCAGUAAUAGGCUAUCUUGUGCUUCUAAUAGCUCUAACACUUAAUAACUGUUUUGGUGACUAAAACACAGCUUGAUAAACAAAACUAUAUACAUACAUAUAAAAAAGAAGCCAUUAACAUUAAAUAUAUGAUCAUUAUAUGAUCAUAUAUUUCAGUAUGUCAAUCUCUGGUAAAUGGCACCUUUUACCAUUGAAUGGCACUGCAAAACCCAGUUACUGGCAUUAAAUAAAAAUAUAGAAACUGUUUAAAUCAAGGCCACCUCAUAUGCUGUUACACAUAAUUGUAUAGGCCUAGGUAAUUUAAGUGUAUAAAGCAUUAAAGUGACUUUCUGUAAAAAAAUUAAAAUAAUCACACUGUAUGUCCAAGGGUAUAGAAUUGCUAAGAAUAAAAUCACACCAAAAUAGAAAAAAGGCUAUUGCAUAUAGUUGAAAUACAUACGAAUCCAAAUGUUCAUCAAAUUAAAUGAAUAACAUUUUAAAAACUAAAAAAAAAAAAAAAAUGUUUUCUGUAGUUCACAUUUCAGAUCUGCCAGUGGUGAAUGACACAAUGCUCAGUAAUGUAACUGGAUCAAAAAAAAAAAUCAUUACUCAUUACUUACACUGGCAAUAUCACAGCUUGACUUAUUAUUUACUAGAUUUUUUUAAUGUGGGUUGUAAAACUGGUUCUUACAUUAGAAUUUACAGUUUGUGGAGAACAUUCUCCGGAGAAUUUUCUAGCAGAGGAUAUUCUCACCUCACAUCACUAGUCAGUCCAUCAAAAUGUCAACUAGACAUUCCAUUUUGGCGACUGUAACCUUGGUUCAAGUAGCUAUAGGGUGCCUAGCUUAUAUAUUUGAGUUUUCAACACUGGUUGUGGGAUCAGUUUCAGCUUAUUCUACCAGCUGAGCUUGAUUCUUUCCUACAUGGAUUUUGUGCCAUUUAGGUCAUGACCCUUUGGGUGUAGCCUGUGUGUGUAUUUUCUCAAGGUAAUAAUCUUGCACAUACUUUGAGAAUGAGUUACUGAACCCAAUGACAGACAGCAGUUACUUAUUAUGGUAGAAGACUGUUCUAUCCUGUAGCUGUGCUGUGUUAAAAAUUGGACUUGCUUCAGCUGCCAGAAAAUCAGCCUGGAUGAAGGCUGCAUGGUCCUCUGACCCUUGUCCUUGGGGGUUUUUUUUGUGCAGGGGGGAAGAAAGGCACAAAUGUUCUUUGUGUACAGAGAGAAGGCAGUGGAUUGAUAGGCGAACAUCCUGUCUGUUCAACACCAUCCUAUGAGUAAUUUGUAUGAAUGGGCAAAACUACCUUUUAAUGAUCUGAAAAAUCUUUGGAUGAAUGAGAAGAUGGAUAUUAUUGCAGACUAUUUUGGAAUAGUCUUAAGUGUGAAGUACCUUUUAAUGUAACUCUUCGUUACAAGGGCAACACAAGAAGACCACAGCAGGGUUCGUUGUGCCUUUAUUGCAAAUCAAAAUUCCAGCUGCCUUAAAAAAAGAGAGAGAAACCUUUGCUGUUAUCAUGUGUGGUCACUUCUUAUCCUAAAUUUUCUGUUCCAGAUUUUUGUCGAUCUUGGUUGGGUAUGCUUGCAGUCACUAUUAGACAGCAACAACUUUGACCAGAAUCCCAAAAAAGGUCAACAAAAAAAAAGCUCAACAACUUCCAACAACUGGGGUAGAUCAGUUUUUGAUUCUGUGAGUAGAUCACAAUCUCUUGGGAGUUGGACGACCCUGUAUUGACCAUUCCAGUAAACUGUGGAUAUUAUCAUAUUUGCCCAACAGGAGAAUUGUUUUUUAUUUAACAGAUUUAUAAACUGCUUCACAGCCAAAGCUAUUGAAACAGUGUACAAUAAGAUAAACUACAAGUAAUUUAGAUUUUUAAAACAAUAAAAACCAUUAGUUACAAUUAUAGAAUUAAUAUUUCAUUAAAAGACUCUUGUCACAUUUCUGGGAAGGGCUUCUUAAACCAAAAUAUCUUCAGUAGGUGCCUAAACAUCAAGAUGUUAGGUGCUAGUCUAAUUUUGGCUGGUAACUGAUUCCAGAGGCCUGGAACUGCAACAAUAAAAUCCCAGUUUAUAGUGCAAACCAAGUGCACCCCUGAGGCAUGUGGUAUUCUCAGCAGUGCACCAUCUGACGAUAUAGGGGCCAAGUCAUUUAGGUAACCUGAUGCCAAGUUCUUUGCCUUGCACCCUUCAUUUAUUUAGGAGUAGAAAUCCACUUAGCCAAAUGUCGUACUUGGUUACUCAACCUUAAGGGAAAUACUGUUAUUCACUUGCUUCAAUAUCACUACUGAGAACUUUGGGGGCUUGCCUACUAUGUGAGAGGCAGCUGUGCCGCAGUGUUUUUUCGUAUUCUGGUCACAAAUUUCCUGUGGAGCAAACUUAAGAGUGGCUGGAACAGCACACCCUUUGGUUCUCUAAGAACUCCAGUUGUCUCCACGUGGCCAUGAAGCAUGGGAUUUAUUUUAUGAAGUGAGCAGCCUUGGCUAUGGCACACUGGGCGAUUCAGUCAGAUUGGAAAUGUUCAGUGGACAGAGAUGGGAAGGAGGCAUGCAAGAAUGGGGAAAGUAUUGGCAUGCACUCGUUGGCAUCAUUUUGGCCGUCAAAAUGACCUUCCGCAUGAUGCCCACAUCUUUUGUUUGUCCCUUUUGAAAAAAAGCUUAUGCAAAUUACUUUGUAUAGCAAUAAUAAAAGAGCCCUAUGUGUUGAGACCCAAUGUUUAUCUGGUCCUGCAUUAUUAUUUUUACAACAUCAGUUACCCAGCUGUCAUGCCUCUACGAAGCUUACAAGUCGGGCAUGAAAGCCACAGAUCUCCCAUAGCAUUUGUGUCUCCUGAUAUCUCCCUCUAGGUGGGUUACUGUUGCUUAUUGGUGGAUGAAAUGUGCCUUGGCCCAACUAUCGAUAGUGUGAUAUCCAGGAUCCUAGCCCUACUCAGCUCCAUUUUGUAAAUUCUUUGCACCUGGUUUGUGUUUCCAUUGAAAUACUAAGGGAAAGAGGGCUGGUUAAUUUAAGGGAACCGAGCAUUAGCUUGUGAUGAUGUGUGUUGUCUGCUUAAUUCUUACUGAUUUGCAAAAGCUACUAUAGUAUGAAAGAUAAAGGCUGGCUUAUUAUAUACACCUCAUUGAGGCUGAAGGUGAAAGAUGGUAAUUAGUAUGGAAUUGCAUAGUUGCAUGAAGACAAUAAAAAUGUAUGACUUAAUGUUCCCUGAACGAAAUCCAAUUACAGGUUAAACGUAUAACAGAGAAGCUGAAAAUUAAAUGCUCGAUUUAAUGUGCGAGAGAAAUAUGAGGCAAACCUAUUUGGGCCUGCAUGUGAACAGGGAGAGAUAUAGAGGUGGUACUUAAGGGCAAAAUGAGAACUUCAACAGCUGCAGGAUUCCUCUCCCUGAAUUUGCUUCCAGCAUACAAAGCGGGGUGGGGGAAAGAGAAGUUGCAGACACAUUACAGGUUAAAAGCCACUCUCUAUCUGCCUCAUUUCUCCCAGAGAUCUCUUUCAGCCAUUUAGGUCCACUUUGACCAGGAAACCAAGUACAGUGGUACCUCGGGUUACAGAUGCUUCGGGUUACAGACUCCGCUAACCCAGAAAUAGUAUCUCGGGUUAAGAACUUUGAUUCAGGAUGAGAACAGAAACUGUGCGGCGGCAGCGGGAGGCCCCAUUAGCUAAAGUGGUACCUCAGGUUAAGAACAGUUUCAGGUUAAGAAUGGACCUCCAGAAUGAAUUAAGUUCUUAACCCGAGGUACCACUGUAUUGGAGCCAUGCUAGAAGAAUGCAACUGGGAGAAGAGUUACAGAAGGAUACAGUAGUGGCAAGUGAGAAAAGGCUCAGAAGAAGGCUUCUCCUUAUUAGGUUUAAUGCUCUUUUUCAUACAAUAAAGCUACUUUUGAUUUAUCUUUGUUGACCCAAGUCUUCAGUAGAAGUACCAUCAGGUUGGCCACCCCUGAUCUAUUCAUUAAAAUUAUAUGGUUCAUUUUCAUUAGGUUUAUCUUUAUGAGAUGAAGCCAGUUUACUCCCAUGUACAGAACUGGGCUUUCCCAUGGUCACGCAAUGAGCUCAUGGCAGAGGAAGGGCUUUUAAAUCAGGGCUUGACCUGCUUUUAAGUCCUAACAAAUCUACUUCAGGCAUGCUGAAGUCACAUUGUAGUCUAAAACAUCUGGAGCAGGGUUAGGCAACCUAAGGCCUGGGGGCCAGAUGUGGCCCAAUCGCCUUCUCAAUCCGGCUUGCAGACAGUCCAGGAAUCAGUGUGUUUUUACAUGAGUAGAAUGUGUGCUUUUAUUUAAAAUGCAUCUCUGGGUUAUUUGUGGGGCAUAGGAAUUCAUUCAUAUUUUUUUCCAAAAUAUAGUCUGGCCCCCCACAAGGUGUGAGGUUGCUGACCCCUGAUCUGGAGAGCUGCAGAUUGAGGAAGGCUGCUGUUCUUUCUAGACCAUGCUGGCUGUCAAAAAAUACUGUUUUGAAUCAGGGUCCUAAGAGUAAUGGUGAGGGAUUUUGCAUCAUUAGGAAAUGCUUCACAAAAGUUGCUUCUCUCCAACAGCAUUAUGUUCCAUGUGACAAAGAUAGAAAGAUUUGCAAGCACUCCAUUUUUAUAUACAUGGAUAGUUGCACCACUUGUCACAACAGAUAUAUCAGUGUGUCUCUUCCAAGCUGCUUUUAAGAAACAUUUCUCCCCCUCAACCUUCAGGUCAGUGGUCUAUGAAGUACAGCAGUGGUGACAAUAGUGUGGAAUAACAGGUACAGUCAAUGAAAGAUCAGAUCAGAAGAAUCUUUAUUUGCAUCAGCUACUAGCCAUACCAGUAAAAUUUUAAAAAAAAUAAUGUACUGAAAUAGUACAGAAUAUGUAUACAAAAUACAUUUUGGAGGUUUACAUCAAUAAUCAAAUAAUAGAUCUUACUCUAAUUGCCCCUGCUAAUUUUUUUGCAGUUUUUGCUCUCACUUGAAUGACAGUCAAUGAAAGGUAUUCUAUAGUCCAAGUCCAUGCUAAAUUGGAUCUGGUUUAUAAGCAGUGCAGUUUGGGGGAAAUGGGGAAACUUGCUCCCCACCCUGUCCUGAUUCAUUCAGAACUGCCCAAUUUCAGAGGAGUCUCCUGUUGAAUCACUGUAUAAGAAUAGGUGUGGACAUACCUCUGUUUCAAACUUGAAUCUGUUGAGUCCUUUAUACCAGAGAGAGUACUGUGUGUAGAUAUGUUUGGGGUUUAUCGGGUUUUUUAAUCUUCAUGUCCACUGUGGAUUUAUUUUAAUUUAUAUUUAUUAAAUUUAUAUACCACCCUUUAUCCAAAGAUCAGAGGGCAGCUUACAGCAUUAAAAUUUCUUUUGAUAAAAGUGAAUGUCUUUUAAGUUUACAUUUUUGUCACUUGGGAUACCGUAGGAUAAAAACUAAAGAGUAUAUUCUUCUUUGCGAUAAUACACAGAAAACAAAAUGCCCAAAGGAAUGCUGUGUCAUUGUUCUGACACAGAUUUCAAUACAGUGAUAAUUUCAAAUGACUUCACGUUUUUCUUUCGGCUGAAGCCAAGUGGUUGUGCUUUGUUCAAUAUCCCCAAAACCUUCAUUUUUUUGAGGGAGAGACUCCUUUUUCAUAAUCCCUGUUCAGUUCUAGCCUGUGUCAUGCCCCAGUAAUGUCAGGGACUUAACUCAUCCUUUGAUUUAUUUAUGCCUCAAGUAAUUGGGGGGAGGGUGUAGCCGUGUCCAUGUCAAAAAUACUCUUCAGAAUACGGAACCUUGGAUUGCCUUUAAGUGAAAGUGCCACCACCUCAGGUUUUCUGUUGCUGGUAAAGAAUAGAAGCAGUUUUGUUGCAACAGGAUCUCCUGCAGGUAAGGCCGAGCCUUGAGUUACACAGAUGUGCAUGUGUGGAAACACUUUUGGAAUACCCAGCACAUCUGUAAGAUUAGAUCAGUAGCAUCCAGACUUGCAGAUUUUGAUCAUACUGAAAGCGAAGCCUUUAGGCUUGAAGUUUCCUCCUGUCUGCCUAGUGUAAGCUGUGUUGUGGAACGAGUACGUUUGUAUCCCCUUGGACGUUAGAUUGUUGAAGGGGCAACAGACAGACCCUUGCUUUGCUGAUAAUUGAUACUGACAUUUGACAGUUUAUGGCAUAGAGGCUGUGCAGGGGAAAGGGCUGUUGGGUAUAGAUGGGGGGGUCUUGAUAAACUGACACUUCAUGGUUUCUUGCAGUCAUUUUUGCUGGAGAAGCUGUGGAUUUCCUGAUUGCACACUAAGAGUUGUGCUAACAUGCAUGCACAAAUAGCAUAAUUGGGAUCGCAAUAUUUUUGAUGCAGAGUUUGGAGAGGACUGUAGUAAGGAAUGGAGUAAUAGCAAUCUGAGCAGUCACAGUGGCAAGUUGUUUCACAAAACUUAGUGGCCAAAGGAGGCACAUUCCCCGCUCCCCGCCCACAUAAGGCCCUCUCCUCAGUUUUGUUUCUGAUUCUCAUAACUCUUCUGCACAUUUUUUAAAAAAACAAAAACUAUGAUAAGUAGGAUCUAAAUUUUUGUGCCAGAUCUCAGGUGUGUAGAACACAGGGAACUCUGUUGAUAAAGAAGGUUGUGUUACCUGUCACAUUAAAAAAAGCUGAACUAAUAUUUAUGGGAUGACUCCACUGGAUGGAGAGUAUGUGUUGGAGGUGUGAUGAUGCAAGGUCACUAAUGCUGUUUCAAAAUGUCUUUCAGAUUCUAAAUGGCUGCUCCGAAGUCAAGGUCCGACUUUCAUGGUAAGUGAAAUGUGUGUCUUUUGUUUCAGGUGUGGCAAGGGGAGGCUGUCUUUUUAAAGAUAGGUUAGGGUAUUCCUAAGCAAUUGGAUAGGGAUGCGGGUGGCGCUGUGGGUUAAACCACAGAGCCUAGGGCUUGCCAGUCCGAAGGUCACGGUUCGAAUCCCUGCAACGGGGUGAGCUCCCAUUGCUUGGUCCCUGCUCCUGUCAACCUAGCAGUUCGAAAGCAUGAAGUGCAAGUAGAUAAAUAGGUACUGCUUCGGUGGGAAGGUAAAUGGCAUUUCCGUGCACUGCUCUGGUUCACCAGAAGCGGCUUAGUCAUGCUAGCCACAUGACCUGGAAACUGUACGCCGGCUCCCUCAGCCAGUAAAGCGAGAUGAGCGCCGCAACCCCAGAGUCAUCCGCAACUGGACCUAAUGGUCAGGGGUCCCUUUACCUAAGCAAUUGGAUAAGAAAUAUUGUGAAGGUAUUCAUGGAAGAGCUGGCUUCAUUGUUGUUUUUAAGCAUUUACACACAACUUUUCAGGUACACGUUGUCUCAAAGUGGUGUACAGAAUGUUGAAAAUGAAACUGUGCCAGCAAAUAGAUUUAUACAGCAUUAAACAGAAUAGCAGUGUGAAGCUAAGUAAAGCCAUGUGUCAGAAUGAAGCAUCUUGAAAAGUAAAGUUUAACUGGGCACUGUAAUGAUAACUGAUGGUGACAAUUCAGCUUCACAGGGGGUGAGUUCCAGAGGUUUGGCACCACAGCAAACAAGGUCCUUUCCUGGGUCACCCCUACUUACAACAGAGUUGGGAUCUGUAACCUGAGAUGUGGUGAGGAUCUCUGGUCCCAAAAUAGUAGUAUUGAUUGGAAGGCGUUCCCUUUUGACUAGUGACCUGACUAUAGUAGGUUCCGUCUAGUCAGGGGUCAACCUAAAAAUAAGCCAUCUUCAGAUAAGCAAUUAGGCUAGCCUUUAACGGGCAGCCUUAGCCUGGAAGAAUAAAAUGCAGUAGGUUGGAUGACAGAAGAGAAAAACAUGCCGUGCUCCACUUUGUGGAGGAGGGGGGAUGGUUGUGCAUAGACACAUAGCCCUUGUGGUUUUCUAUCCUGUGGCUCUUGCUGAACAGUGCCUUUUCCCCCCGAUGUGAUUUCAAGUUGACAAUACAAAAUUUCCACCUAAAGGAAGCUAAUGAUGACAUAAGAGAGCUUUGCAGCAAGCACAGCUCUGGAUAGUUCAAGCUGUGUCUCUGCAUACAAAAGAAGAAGAGACUGCAAGCUGAACAGCACAGAUAUCUUCUUUCUUUUGUUCUGCUUGUACAACGUACUAAGCAUUCGCUGAGAUAAAUAUUUUCCCCUUCAGUCAAAACACACACCUCCCUCCCCGACUAAUGUCUGUACUUUGCCUAAUACCAGGUUUGAGUGAUCGAAUCUGCUAGCAUUUUAGAACCACAAACCCAUUCACUCUUCUUCCAUAAAUUGUUUGCUGUUUGAUUUUAAUCUGUUCGGUUACCCGAGACCCUUUUAAAUUUCUGAGAUUGAACAUGGGGUCUUAUUCUGCGAGCAGAGGACAUGUUCUACCACUAAUCUGUGCAAAAACUGGAUUUAUGAGCUGUAGGUCUCUUGUGAUUGGCAUCCUGUAUCAGCUCUGUCAAAGGAAAAGUCAUUGGUGGGGGAUGACUGUAACUGGAAACACCCUGGGAAGAAGAAAUACGGCACACGUGCCUUUUAUUUCAGGGAUUUCCUCACCAGUUGUGCAUUGUCACCUAGAUGUGUAAUAUUUGUGCAAGACUGUCUCAGGUGGCCUCUUUUGCACAUAGAAAGAAUCUGUACUAAGGUGAUCACUAUGUAUAAAAGGGGUGUGGUGUAAUUGACCAAGAAGAAGUAGAAAGGAGGAACUAUUAUUGUUCAUUGUAGUGAAGUGCCUAUAGUGCCAGAUAGGUGUUUUGGGAAGUCUUUACACAAAUGUUGCUCCUUUGUCCAAGAAGGUAUUUCAGUUCUGAAGCGGGUUUUUUGUUUGUUUUGCAGCAAUAAGCAUUAUUAGUUUGCACCUUUGAGACCUAGCUUUCUCCCUUUUUUGCAUUCUCUUUGUUUUCUGUGCCUCCCUCCUCUGUUUUCCAUAACUGACCAAGGCAUACAUUUUAAGUGCAGAGUACUGAGCAGUGCACGCUGGAGAUAUUGAGUGGCCGCAUGGCUGUGGGGAAGCUGACUCUUGUGUUGGUUCUCCAUCAUGUGAGUUUAUGCAGGAUUACACUGGCCAUUUAGAUAGCAGCCGGUAUGGGAGAUUCCAAGAUGCUCAGAGCAGUUCCCUCCUUGUUUUUCUUGUUUCAGACCUGGACUUUGAAUUGGGAAGCAGCUGCUCUCAGAGAGUAGACAGGAUAGUAGACAGGAUGGGGGCCUAAUGGACCAAUGGUCUGGCUUGGUGCAAAGCAGCUUAAUAUAUCCAACAUGCAUGCACCUUACAAGCUGUAUAAUAAGGCCUGCUGAUCCCCUGAAUCUGUUGCUCUCCCCUUUGGUUCCUGUUGGCUCUUCUUGCUUGCAUAAUACUAUGAACUGUCCCUCCCCUGCCUGAUAAUAUUGGACAGUGCAGCAAUAUGAAAAAUAGACUUGGGAUGCCAGCAGCUGUUGGAAGCAGGUGUGUGAGCUCAAGGUGCCUGGGAACCCCAUUAAGCCCAUCUCCCAUCUAUGGAAGCUGUUUAACUGAAGACAUCUGCUGCUGACUAUUAUAUAGGUGCUGCUGACUAUUAUAUAAGUUCAUGUUUAUAUAAAACAUGAACUUUCAAGCAUAAAAAUAGAAGGCGAUUUCUAACUAAAACGGCUAGUGUGGUUAUUUUUAUCGGUGUUCGGGGAAAUUGGGAUGAAGCAGUUUUUGGAAGGCUUUUGCAGAGCCAGACACCGUGUCACAUUUGAAUUGAAUAUAAACCCCAACAUUCAUUUGCUUUUCUGUUGGUUUCAGACUUUUAAAGCCUUGCUGUUACUGGUGAUUUGGCCUAGAUGGGCGAAAUGGGGUUGUAUUGACUGACAAAUGCAAAGUCACUGAUGUGUUUCAUUCCCUCUCCUUAGGGACCUUCAGUUACCUCGAUGACGUCCCGUUCAAGAUAGGAGACAAGUUCAGAGCACCAGCCAAAGUUGGCUUGCCCAUUGGCUUUUGUUUGCCUGACUCUCCACAGCUUGUAAGGGAAGCCCAGGUGAGACUUACUUGUUUUGUACAGGGUUGCAAUAGAAAGUCGUCUACAACUUGUGGAGGCUUCCUUCUGCAUAAGCAUACUCAGGACUGUGCCUUUAGGUAACAGAUUAUUCUGCAUUAACCUACUAUCCAAGAUUAAAAGUGUUUCACUCUGAACAACUGAAGCAGGGCCCCUCUUUUGUUAACUGCACUGGAACGACUGCUUCUGGUCCCCUUAAAAUAGAUUUGGGUAGUUUGUCAACACCUGCCCUGUGCGUGCUUUAAUCCAUCUCAAAGCCAGAUAAGGAGAAGUAGCUUCUGAAGCAAGCUCAAGUCAUCAAUGCAACAUCCACCUUUGUUAACCAACAGCAGAAAAUUCUUAUUGAAGAUAAGGAAAAAGAACCGCUUCCCUUGCUUGAUUUAAGGGUGUUCUAAAAGUUGCUGGAUAAAGGCUUUGUCUUCACAGCUGGUUGAUAUUGGCCUCACUUAACCUUUGCAAACUGUAAGAUAAUACAUUUAAGGGUUUUAAUCCUGUUCCAGGUGAAUGUUAUCCACUAACACAGGGGGAGUCUGCCUUAUUAUUUCUGUAUAGUUUUUAAAAAUAAAUCCUUGCGUGCUCUCAAGAAGCAAACAGCAAUUUCAGGUCAUUUGGAACUGACAACUCUGAAAGACCCUCUAGGUUUUAAAAAUAAAUAAAUCAUGGAGUAGAAAAAGGUUUUUUAAAAAGGGAAUUAUUCCUAUUUAAUAACUUAAUAUUCGGUUAAUAUUUCAUAAAAGAGAAGUAUACAAUAUUGAGUAUAAUUCAUGAUGAUUAUAAUAAAUAAAUCAUUGCAUUUACUGGCAACCAGACUACUGCAACAUGGUCCUGCUUCAUCUGGGCCUCACCUUUAUCGUGUAAAUGCACAAAGAAGAAAAUCUGUGCUGAUAGCAGCAGCUCUUAUUUUUUCUUUAAUAUAUUUGACCACAAGGUUCCAAUUACUUAGCACUUCUUUAUCACCCUCCUCCUUUUCUCCUAACAUUGCUGUAGUUUAAUCAUUCCCACUUGUCCCCAUAAUCUCAUAAUUCUGUUUUAGUUGGGCUUUGGCUUUUCUUCCAGUACAUGGCGUAUAAUAUUCGGUUUGAUUAGAUUAUUUAAUUUCUGUGCCGUUCAAUAUAUCAAAAAUAUAUCUAAGCGAUGAACAAACAGAAGCAACAACAAACAGCUUAACAAAAUAUUACAGAAAUACAGUUGCAUAUAAAAUAAUACAUUAAUACAGUUACUAAUACAUAUAUAAAUCAAUAUCAGUUCAUUUUCCUUCUGACACACUCUUCCUCUCAGCCUCUGGGUUCUCACAAAUUCUCAGCUCACCUAUAAAAGUCUCACAACAAGAAGAGUUCCUGGAAACAGCAGUCAUCACCCUAGUAUCUGUUUGUUUGUUUGUUUGUUUGUUUGUUUUCCGUCCUUCACCCUAAGGCCAUAGGGCAGGUUACAACAUUAAAAGCACAACAUUAAAAACAGUUUAAAACCAUGUACAACCAUUAUUACUAGGCUAUCUGUCAGUAUGCGCGCGCGCUCUCUCUCUAUGUAUAUGUAUAUGUAUAUAUGUAUAUAUGUAUGUAUGUAUGUGUGUAUGUAUUUAUCAUUCACUGAUGUUCUGAAAUUUGUUUUUAAUGUUGUACACCCCCAUGGGAUAUUUUGAUAUUUAUUUGGUAUAUAAAUGGAAUGAUGUAGGUCCUAAGAACCUAAACCUCAAGUGUAAAGAGGUGCCCUUUCAGCAUUCUCCAAAAGCAGUAUAAUGAAGGCGCAGAGGCAUCUCUGUAUCUGGUAUACUUUCAGUCUUCUGUGUUUCAUGUUGGCUCUUGGUUCUGUGCAGCGUAUCUUGACAUCUCACGGCCCCUAAUAGGGAUGGGCAACUGUGGUGAUUCUUCUCUCCCACCCUGGCCAAGCUGCCAUGUUAGCAUAGGCUAAAAUUUUUUUGGGACAAACUGGAGUGCUCAUCCUCAGUUUGGUAGUAGGUCCCAAAUUGCUUAUACACUUAGCCAUGUCAUUAGAAGUACCCCCCCCCCACAUUCUUGAGAGAGUGUGACAUUGCUAAUUCUCCUUAGUGUCUCAGCAGCCUUUGGCAUCAUUGCUCACAGUAUCCUUCUGAAAAGGUUCUUGAAAUUGGAGGCAUGGUUCCUCAGGAGUUCCAUUCCUAAUUUGGCAGGGGUUGAUUUCCAAAGUAAGCUUUGGAAGAAGAUGUGUUUGCCAGCAUAGCUCCUGCAGCUCUUUCUUACCUUGUUGUCUUGCGUUUUCCUCUCCCCCCAGUAUGACUUCUCCUUGGAAAAGAGGACUAUUGAGUGGGCUGAGAACAUUAAACGAAUUCAGGCUGCCCAGCAAGAGGCUGAGCAGAGGGCUGAGGAGGCGCUAGCAAAUAAAAAAGCAACCUUCGAGGAGCAGAGGCAAGCAGGCUUCCCGGACAGCGGCUGCCCAGAGAACGCCGUUCCGCCUCCCAUCAACCCCAUCAUUGCUAGCCUGCAUCACAACUACAUCCUCAUUCCUACCCCUGCCAACAGCAGCACCGCAAAGCAGAAAGUUCUGAGUCCGCCCCAUGCAAAGGCUGAUUUCAACCCAGCGGAUUUCGAGUGCGAGGAAGACCCCUUUGACAAACUGGAAUUAAAAACACUCGAUGAUAAAGAGGAGCUGAAGAACAUUCUGCAGCUCCAUGUUGGUACUCCGGGGCCAAUCGUGGCCCAACUUCUAGACAGUAGCUUGCCCAAAGUAGCACCCGAGUCUGUAUUACAAGACCAGGAGGUCUUGGCGUCCUUGGAAAGGGCCAGUUUGGACCUCAAGCCCCUUCACAAACCAAACGGUCUUAUCGCUUUACCGCAGCUGGGGGGUUGUGAAAAGAUGUCCCUGUCUUCCAAAGUGUCCCUCUCACCCGUGACGUCGGUGAGCAAUAUCAAGUCGCUCUCCUUCCCGAAGCUCGACUCGGACGAGGGCGACUUGCAGGCGGCAAAGCUGGCGAGCACGUUCCCCGGCACAGCCUGCCUUCGCAACGGCACUCUCCUCAGCUCGUUGCAGAGCAAAGCCAGCGAACUGAAUGGGCACCACGUGGCUGGGCUCUCUGACCUCAGCGUGGACAGUGGCCCAGAGGCACAGACGUUGCCCCCCACGUCCAGACUGCCUUCCCUGCCCAGCUCAGUAGCAUGUACAGAUGAAAUCCCAGCGCUCACCACAGCCACGGUGGUAAGUUCCUGCGCAACUGAAAACGUUGCUUUCGGAUUGGAGACCUUGAUGUGGACAGGGGAGGGAAAGGCUGGGUUGGGCUGCAGCUGGCUAAAAUAACCCAAAUCACAUUUAGAUGCCUUGUUGCCAUGCUGUUGCUGUUGGGGUGAUCGAUGCGUUGUAUUGCCUGGGGGUCUACGGCGAGUCUUCCUGCCUGCACCUAAUGCCUACAGGUGCCCUUAUGUUCAGUAUUUUUGUGUUUUUAUACUGUAAACUGCCCUGUGAUCUUAGGAUGAAGGGUGGUACAGUCAUACCUCGGGUUACAGACGCUUCAGGUUGCACGUUUUCGGGUUGUGCACCGUGCCGAACCCAGAAGUACCAGAACGAGUUACUUCUGGGUUUCGGUGCAUGCGCAGAAGCACCGAAUUGUGACCUGCACGUGCGCAGACAUGGCGCUGCGGGUUGCACGGAUCAUGUUUGCAACCUGAGAGUCCACUGUAUAUAAAUACAAUAUACUGUAUAAUAAAUUGAUGAAAGCAAAUGUGUGGUUCUGCAGGGCAUGCAAGUGUACACCCCUUCCCUCCAUAGCAGCUAUUCUGCCACUAAUAUUGCCUGGCUAGCUUAGUGUUUUUGCAGAACAAGCUAGUGAGGGUUGCUGUGGUUCAGAUUUAGUUGGCAUCGUGGCUGAAUGUACAAUCUGGUGCGUUCCAUGGCUUUCCCUGGGGAUGGCUAUGCAGUCUGUACCAGGGUGUGCAAUGGAAACUAAUUUCUAGAAAGCUGGGCACCUUUAAAGCCUUAAAUACAGGCGUCACGUGGCCCCCAGUUAUGCAGGGGUUACAUUCCGGGACCCCAUAUGCAUAAGUGAAAAUCAAGUCAGUGGGUAGCAUCCUCUUAAAAGCCUCUAAACACCUGUUCCUGCUCUCCGGCUCUCUCACCAUACAACUGUCCCUUAAACUAGAGUUGAAGCUCUGGGGCUGGUUGGAGGACAUGCGGAAAAGCAGCUGCUGCUCCCAUGCAUGUGUCAGCUGCUAGCCAGGGAGGCUGAGCAGCCUUUAAAAUGCCCCACUGCGCCUCAGGUUUCCUUGGGGGUUCCUCUGCCCUCACCGAAGUCCUCUUUGGGCUCUGGGGAGGGUGUCCUCACAAGCCACAAGGACUCUCUAGCUCUCGUAUGCCAUUUCCUGGUUUGAAUCUAUUUUUUAUUCCCUGGCGUCGCACGUAUACAUGGUCAUGCGUGAUUCAAUCAUGCUGUUGUGGACUAGGGCCCUUUUCAAUAUGAGGUUGGUUCUAGCAUACAAAAACUUAUUAUACCAUAAUAAAAUUGGUUAGGCCUUAAGGUGCCACAAGACUUCUUUUCAUGUAAAAACAAAAGCAACAAAACUCGGCCCCUUGGAGAGGGCGUUGUUAGCAUUUGCCCAGCAAGAUGAAAUGUUGCAGUGAGUUGAGUAUAUUUCCCAGUAGAGAUUAUCCUGAUUCUUGGCCUGUGUGGAUUAAGCAUAAUCCUAUUGCGCAUCCUGGAAGUUAUUUUUACAAGGCUUCUUCCUAUGACGAGUCUCUGAAAUGUGAGUUCUGGCCGUGCAGGUAUGAGAGUUCAUUUGUAACUUUCCCUGCAGCAGAGUCUCUUGUUGGUUCUUGCCUUAGUUGUUACUUCUCCUCUGGGUUUUCUUGUUUUAGGAAAUCCCUUUAAAGGGAAUCCUCCUUUUUGCAGGACCUGCUUUUUCUCCAGCUGCUUAUCUCCAGCGUGUAAUUGAUUCUGCCUGUCUUACUGAUCUUGCUGGCAUGGCAAAAGCUGGCAGUGUGCCUAGCUAAAGAGGGGCUUUGUCUAGUUUACACUGAACUGUGUUUGCCUUUAGGGAAAUCUUGAAACAAGGCAGUCAGGUUGGGAGAGUACUUGGUCUCCAUAAAUGUAUUCCCAGGCUAGUUCUUCUAGGUACGCUUACUACUUUUUUAUGGGUUUCCUGGCAGGUAAAUGGUAAACAGGCCAGCUCAUUGGGUUUUUUGUUUUACAUUGGCAGACUAAAGAGGGGCCCCGCUGCUCCCAAAUGCUGUCAUUCAAGGAUGCAUUGAUUUCAAGAAAGCUGACUUUAAUAGCUAAGGAUUAAAAACAGCAAUGCAAUUUAUUUAUAGGUUCCCAUUUUGAAAACUAUAUAUUCCAACUAGUUGCUCUGCAACUAGAACAUACUUGGAAAUAGGGCUGGGCGAUAUAUCAAUCUAUCGUCCAAAACUGGUUUGAAGUUCACAUUGUGAUAACCGUUUUAUAAUAUUUGACCUGGCAAUAUAUCGUGAAUUGCAAUGUGUGUGAGGGCUGUUAUCAUCAGCUAAACAUUGCAGUCUACCACAAUGUCUGAAAUAAGGGUGGAACUAUGCAGAGGCUAACAAGACAAUGUCCUGGUAAUUGCUACUACUUAGGGGUCUAAAACAGAUAAAUGACGAUAGUAUCAAUCACCGUCACUGUAACUGUUGCCGCCUUCCGCCGCUGCCACGAGGCCUUGCAGACUGUCUCUCCUACUGCUGACACGUCCCAUGGCAAGGCCUGCGAGGUCACCGCUGUUUCUGCCACCACAGCUUCUGCUGCCAAGCAGGCCUUCUGGUAGACCCAGAUUAUUUGUAUUCACUAUGACUCAUCACUGUACUUUGGAUUGUCCUGAAUAACACAAUUUGGUAUCCAAGCGCAAAACCACGAGUCCUGUUUGGAUGCAUUUUGGCUUGCCUGCUGAUGAAACUGUGUAGUGAUUGAUAUCAUCAUUUAUCCAUUUUAGAUCCCUAAGUAGUAGCAGUUGACAGGACAUUAUCCUGUUCGCCUCUGCGUAGUUCCUUCCUUAUUCCAGAUAUCAUGAUAUAUCGUUGUAUCACGAUAUCAACUGGUGAUUUAUUGCGAUACUGAAAACCAAUAUUGCACAGCCCUACUUGGAAUUAGAUUGUGUCUUAAAGUUAACACAAAGCAGCCUUGUAUGCAAGUACUUGCCUGCUAGAGGCAGGUCACAAGGAAUUCCAUAGCAGCAAGCGAAGCCAACUCGCUUGGCUUCUGUGCUUGACAUGGAAAAAAAGGAGCUUCCUUUCUCUGGCCUGCACGGAAAUGCAACAGGCUUCUGUAGGGGGAAGGGGUAGGUGGCUUUAUCCUUUAUAGCAGCAUAUAUCAUUCUGUUCUAGUCACCACCAGGGACUUGUUUGCUAUGCAUUUGUCAUUCUGGUUUGGCGAGGGUAUGAAAUCAAAUGUUGCCGGGAGGGGCUGUCUUUCUUGGGCUCACCCCUUUCUGAAGUAAUGAGUCUUGUUGUGACUUCCUGUCCAGUUAUUAGCCAGGCCAAGAUUAGCUUUAGACAUGGAGGAACCUCUAGGGCUUUCAUGUGGUUCUCGGAGGAGCUGUGCAUGGAGCCCAAAAGUACUUACCUGUAACUCUCCACCUCCUGUUCUUGAGCUCUUGGCUAUUAUUUUGCCCACAGAGGAGGAGGGGAUUGGCCACAGAUCAGUCACAUUCUAUUACAGUCAUACCUUGGGUUACAGACGCUUCAGGUUGUGCGUUUUCGGGUUGCGCACUGUGCCGAACCUGGAAGUACUGGAACAAGUUACUUCUGGGUUUCGGCGCAUGUGCAGAAACACUAAAUCACACUUUGCGCAUGCGCAGAAGCACUGAAUUACAACCUGCGUGUGCGCAGAUGCGGCACUGUGGGCUGCGAACGCUGCGGGUUGCAAACGGAUCACAUUCGCAACCCGAGCAUCAACUGUAUUGUCCAAUGGCUAUUAAGGGUUUAUAGGAAGACUUUUGCGCUGACUUACAUUCAGACUGCAGCACCCCAAUUUCUCUCUCUUCCUGAAAGAGGUUUGUUUCCCUCUUGUUCAACUAGGUAACUCACCAAAGUUUCCUGACGUCUCAAGUGCCCAAUACCACCAGCUGUGCAAAACGGCCCGGCAGCUCCACGUAUAUCAACAUGCUGCAGGCCCUUUCCUCUAGUGAGCGGCAGUGUGUUGAAACUGUUGUCAACAUGGGCUAUUCCUACGAGGAUGUCCUGAAAGCAAUGAAGAAGAAGGGCCAGAACAUAGAACAGGUAAGAGGAGCCUUUUCCCUGCUUAAGCAAGCCAGGAAAAGGAAGUGAGACUGGAUGAAAGCCAACUUUGGCCUUAGUUUGGGUUUUGAAUGGUAGAUGCUCUACAGUGUCUGAAAGGAUGUGGGUUUUAGAGCCUUGCAUCCUACACAUCUCGGUAAUACUGGGCCCAAGAACCUAUGGUGCUCCAGCAGGGGAAGGGGGUGCUUGGGGCAACAACUAGCCACAAAAUAUUUUCAGACCUUAAGAUUAUGGCCAUAUUAGUUUGCUUUCAAUAUGUCUGUGAUAAGUGUUCCUUGUAGCCAAUUGAACUUAAAACAAUCUCUGAAUUGUGGAGACUGGGAGAGGGCAUUAUAACUCAGUGGUAAAGCUCGUGUUUUGCUUGUAGAAGGUCCCAGGUUUAGCAUUUCAAGCCAAAGGAACGUGGGUGAAAGAGAUUGGUAAAAAAACUAUUAUCUAAAUCCUUGGGGAGCCGCUGUCAGCCAGAAUAGAUUCUCCUGGGCUAGAUGGAGCAGUGGUCUGACCUGGUAUAGCUUCAUCUCUUUGUACUCAAAAAAUAUCGAUUUUGCAUGGCCCAAGCAGGUUUGUUUGUGCAGCUUCUCCCUCUUUAGCUUUUCAUGUGGAUAACCUGUCACUAAGAUCCAGUGGCAGAAACACCCGAUAAGCUUCAGAUAAUUGUUAGAAAAGGCUUGUUAGUGGGAUCAUGCUUGCGGAGCAACUGCCUCAGUUCCUCUCUGUCCUGUUCCUCCUUGUAGGUCCUUGACUACCUGUUUGUCCAUGGGCAGCUCUGCGAGAAGGGCUUUGAUCCACUCCUUGUAGAAGCUGCUCUUGAAAUGUAUCAGUGUUCAGAGGAGAAGGUGAGUUUUCAGCUGCUGGAUGCGCAGUGGUGCUGUAGAACCACUCCCGUGAUUCAGCUUAAUCAUGUGUGCUUGGCUUGCUAAUCUUACUGGUGCUGCUCUUUGACUGUAGUGACUGUCAAUUCUUCUGGCUUGUAUUCUGAAUAUCAGGAGCAGUUGUCACAAAUGUCUUGCACUUGUGACUCUUUCGUUGUAAUCAGCACCCCGCCAACUUCAUCCCAGGCUCAGGGUGGAGCUAGGGUCUGGUGCCUUGCCUGACAACAUCUGAGGAAAGGAGCACCACAGUAGAAAGUAGAAAUCCUGUUCCCCAUUUCAGAAACAGGUGUACCUUGUGCUCUAGGUGGAACUGAGAAUAACCACUUCUCACCACCUGGGUCUUAAGUGUGACAGUGCUGGAUCUACCUCUCUUUCAAAUCCGAACCAGUGAAGGUCCUGUGUGUCUGGAGGCGGUUGGAGGAUGGAUGGCAGCCAACAGCUUGAGGUUGAAUCCUGACAAGACAGAAGUACUGUUCUUGGGGGACAAGGGGCGGGCAGGUGUGGGGGACUCCCUGGUCCUGAAUGGGGUAACUGUGUCCCUGAAGGACCAGGUGCGCAGCCUGAGAGUCAUUCUGGACUCACAGCUGUCCAUGGAGGCGCAGGUCAAUUCUGUGUCCAGGGCAGCUGUCUGCCAGCUCCACCUGGUACACAGGCUGAGAACCUACCUGCCCGCGGACUGUCUCGCCAGAGUGGUGCAUGCUCUAGUUAUCUCUCGCUUGGACUAUUGCAAUGCGCUGUAUGUGGGGCUACCUUUGAAGGUGACCCAGAAACUACGACUAAUCCAGAAUGCGGCAGCUAGACUGGUGACUGGGAGCGGCUGCCGAGAUCAUAUAACACUGGUUUUGAAAGACCUACACUGGCUCCCAGUAGGUUUCCGAGCACAAUUCAAAGUGUUGGUGCUGGCCUUGAAAGUCCUAAACGGCCUCGGUCCAGUAUACCUGAAGGAACGUCUCCACCUCCAUCGUUCUGCCUGGACACUGAGGUCCAGCUCCGAGGGCCUUCUGGUGGUUCUCUCGCUGCGAGAAGCCAAGUUACAGGGAACCAGGCAGAGGGCCUUCUCGGUAGUGGCACCUGCCCUGUGGAACGCCCUCCCACCAGAUGUCAAAGAGAAAAAUAGCUACCAAACUUUUAGAAGACAUCUGAAGGCAGCCCUGUUUAGGGAAGCUUUUAAUGUUUAAUAGGUUAUUGCAUUUUAGCGUUCUUUUGGAAGCCGCCCAGAGUGGGUGGGGAAACCCAGCCAGAUGGGCAGGGUAUAAAUAAAUUAUUAUUACUAUUAUUAUCCCAGACCAUAGUUCUGUUCCAUAUGAGGGAGUAAGACUCCAUCAACAGGCAUCACACCCCAAUUCUUGGAUAUGAGAACCACCCACCAGGAGUGCUUCGGUCUUAUUAGGAUGUAGCUUGAGUUUGUCCCCCUCAUCCAGCCCAUUGCUACCUCCAAUCACUGGGUCAUCUCCAAUAGUGGUUUCAUUUGGUUCAGAUGGUAUCCACUGGCUUCAUAUAAAUUUAUUUAGGUGUGUAAUGCCCAGGUUGCUAAGAACUGUCUAACCUAAGAGAUCCGUCUGGCUCUUACUUAAUGUAAUUGUAUUCUUAAGUGUCUUUUAAUUGCUUGGAUGCAAAUUCUUAAAUGUCAUGUCUUGGAAGUUCUUGCAUGGGGCUCUGUGCUUUUCCGUGGCUACUCCUUAGUGAUGGAAGACUGAUCCAGAGAUGCUCAGUAGGAUAUAAGUAAUCUUCCUUCCCGAUGGGGGUCUCUUCCUAGCAUGCUCUUAAAGGUGUCCUCUUCCUUUUUUCUCCCUUUUUCAUAGACAACAGAACUUCUCCAGCUAAUGAGUAAAUUUAAAGAAAUGGGAUUUGAAUUGAAAGACAUUAAAGAGGUUUUAUUAUUACACAACAAUGACCAGAACAAUGCACUGGAAGAUCUAAUGACCCGAGCAGGAGCCAGUUGAAGAAUGCGGGACGGAGCACAGACAUUGCCCUGCUCACCAGACCCUUUGCCGCCACCAUCAUGUGGCUCUCCCUGCAGGCACUGGAAGGAGGACAACACCGCAAGGAUCCUGCCUUUCCCAGAUGCCGAAGAGAGCUGGGGGAGCAGCUCCGUGGGCACGCAUCACUCCAGGGUGCUAUUCCCAGCGGAGAGACCCCAGCCCACGUUCUUCGAUUAAAGUUUAAGUGUCCUUUCCUAAGUUUCCUUUUUUUGGCUCGGCCACGGAGAAUCUUGACUGGAGUUGUACAUAGUCAGACCAGGCUAGUUGUAUUUCUCCCCAUCCCCCUCCCACGUCUUGCACUGGACUCAGCCUGGCUCUGAAACGAACAAUGCUUUGGCUCCUUGAAGCUGCUUUCAUUUGUGCGUCUGCUUCUACUGAAAACGUUUGACCCUUGCGUCAAGAUUAACACAAGUCCACCUUUAGUGCAAUGGAAUUUUGGUUUUAUUUGGUGGAGGGGGGAGGCUUUGGUUGAAGGUUAGCGUGUAAUUUAAGUGUGACACUGGUUCUGAAACUGCCUCUAUGCAUACAGAGAAGCUGCAUUGCUUCCUUUUCUGGUGUUUUGGCCCUGGCUGUCCACACGCUCUGGCCAGUGUGCUUGAACAGAUAAGUUCUCAGAACAGGUAAGCUGUGAAACCCCACCUGGACCCCUUGCCCACUGGCUGGUUUCUGAAGUCUGAGGAAGAGGCUUGAACCUCUUGGCUCUACUGUCCUCCCCAGACUGGUAGGUUUUAUUAUUAUUAUUAUUUAAGCAGAGACCCAUCUGGGAACUCGGCUACUCCAUUAGUUUAAAAUAAAUACACAGUGUGAAAUUGGAGGUCUGUCUUUCAAGCACUUUCUUUUUAAUAUUCACUGCAUUGGUUCCUUUUUUUCCACACUGCUAUAGUAAUCAUUAAUCUAUUAACAUCUAGUAAUAGAAAUCAGACUUUUGGUUUUGAUAGUACAAUAGUGUAUUAUGUUGUACAUGGUUAAAAGAUCUAAAUACAUAAAAAAAUAUAAGCAGUCUUGAUAUUUGGAGUAAUUUGCUAAGUAUUUUGGUUCUGCAGAAAGAGAUACUAAUAAAACCUUAAAAUGUGGCUGCUGGUCUCCUGCUCUAGAGGUUUAGCGGUAGGGAAAAGAAACGGAAUGAAUCUGGAAUGGUUAUAAAUCUCUGAUAUCUCUAGAACAUCUUGUGUCUUGAGUUUGAGCUUUGGAAAAACGUUUCCAACUCUCCAGCGAACAUACCUGCAGUAAUCUCUCUCUGCCCCCCUCCCCCCAGGUCACUACAUAGACUUCAGCAAGUACAGUAUGAAAACACUUUCAGCAACCUGGAUCUUGGGGCCUGUCCCACAUAACUGGGGCAACACCUCACUACCAAAGUUUUUCAAUACCUGAUUUGAGUUCAGUUAGGAGCCAUUGAUCUCGGUAGAAGCUGCCAUCUCCACUACCAUAAGGGAUAAUGGAAACAAUAGUAGAAUUUAUCUGUGGAGCUCAUAAUUCAAUAUGGGGACAUGCUGUAUUGUCAGUGACCCAAACAGCAGUGACUCUGUGAUUAGAAUGUUGGAAUUGGUUUUAGAUGUAUCAAGUCACUUUGAACAGAAAAGGAACUGUAUCUCAUGCAUAAAUUACCACCCCCAGGUAUAGGUGGUGAGAUCUGAUAGUAAAGGCCUGAUAGUGUGUCUGAAUUUUUACUGUAAACAAGCGCUUGAUGGAUGAAUCUGGAGCAGAGCCCUAUGGCUGACCAUGUUUUUACACCUGAGUUAUAAUGUAAGCCCUUAACCUAUCGCUUUCCUAAUGACAGCAGCUUGGCUCUGGCUUUUCAAGGGAGGGAGCGAACAGCUUUCACAAGAGACGCUUCAUUACUAAAUGAGACACUGAAGGAAGAAUGCUGCAACAGAAUUUGAGGUGCAGGUUUUGGCGGCAGAACCAAAGCAAGUUGCUGCUGAUCAAGUGCUCUGUCUGCAUCUGUAAACUUAGAGAGUCAUGUGUGGAUCCUGCAGCCACCAACUGCUGCAAUGGUCAGAGCACAGGGAAAUGUGAUUUGCUGCACUGUGUGUACUGGCAGAAAAGCCUUUCUACCAUUUCCUCCCUUGAGGGAGACCUCUGCUGCUGGACAAUUUACUUGAGUUGUGAUCAGGGUGUUGUCAGCCUCUCAUAUCUGCAGCCAAAAGCAGCUACCGAUCCUGUUGCACAUCAGUGUUUGUUUCUGAGCAGCACUAUUUAGCACUUCUCCCAUGCUGUGAAUUACUUUUGCAUUCAAACCAAAUUACAUUUAUCAGAAUACUGAAUUUGACACAAUUUAGACCUCUGUGCAAGUUUUGCUCAAUUAUCUUUUUACUUCAAUUAAAAAUUCAGUAUAAAAGCAACAUGCAUAAUAUUCUAAGUGAAUUCACUUUAACCUACUGACUCUUAAAACAAAGAACUCUUAGAAACAUGUCCAUGUAUUGUAGUACACAGCUCUUGUGUAAUGUCACUCAGCUAGAUUCUCGACCAUUUUACUAAUUGGUUAAGUUGUACCUGAAAAGCAGGAACUGUGUCCCUGCUGGGUUUAUACCUGCCAAGGAACGUACCUGCACCAGGACUUAAUGUGCACAUGAUUUCCUUUAGCAGUGGGAAAGGUCAGUCAAAGAGCUGCUUCUGCUGCUCUGAAUGUGACGUGGUUAGUUGGUGCUUGCUAUGUGGGAAAGGGAAUGACCAAUGUUGCUGUAAGGACAGUGCUGUGACCCCUGAACUGUUGUGUUGAAGUCACAAAGGUCAAGCCAGAAUGGGGUGAGAUGAGGUUGUGGCAUCUAUUGGCAUGUGAAUGCUGAUGCUACUCUUGUGAAAUGAGGCACCACCCAAGUGGAAAAUAUUGCUGCCUGACUGCUAAGCUUCCAACUUAGAUGAACCUUGGGGUAGAACAACCCUGUUAAUGGAUACAAAGCCCAUCUUUCAUAAGCGAUGGGCUUGACAGAGUAAAUCUCAACUCCUGACUAUGCUGUCUCCCUGACGCAUGGAAAGAAACAAAUUAAGAACAGCUAUUCUGAUGUACAGCACUGUGUUCUCCAAGGCAGGCAAGGUUUUAAAGGAUACUGGCUUUUGCUGCCCUGUGCUCUUGUUUGGAGUUUCAAAACUUCCAGUUAUCACUUUCUGUGAAUCCUUUUAAAUUUUGUUUCUCUCCACCAUCUUGGAAAAGCCUCAUUCACAAGAUGAACUAGUAUGCUGCAAAGCUAUUGUCCAUAAUGCUUGCAUCCUCUUUGGGGCUGCUGCCAUAAAGCAAGUAUUCACCUAUUUUUGUACAAGUUGGAUUGAGUUCUGUUCGUUCAGACUAGUGUUGAUGGCUUGAUAAAAGUGGCUUGGUUCUGUCAAAAGUUCCUGCUUAGAAAUCCUGCCUAGCGAGACAAGAGAGCACCAAUUUCACAGAGCUGUUAGGCACAUUAUGUUUAUGACAGUCAUGCAAAGGCUUCAGGCACCAUGUCACUCUGCCUUCCCACUUGCAGUCUGACGGCUUGCUUCUUCUAACCCAUCUUCACAAAGCUCCUGAAGGUCAUGUGUGGAGCAAAGUGAUGCCCACCCAGGCUUGACUGAAAUCCGCUGUGGUUAUUUAAUUUAGUGCCUGCCCUUCACACUAAGGUCCCAGAAUGGGUUACAACAAUAUAAAAUACAACACCAAAAACAGUUUUAAAGCUUACAGUC